UCGGAGCUGCUUUUAUAAAAAUAUUAAAGAUAUGUUGAUUUAGAAAUGGUCAGUGGUGUUAAUAUGAUUAUUUAUGUGGAUUAUGUACUUCUGGGUAUAUUGUUGUUCCUAAGUUUGUUCACAUGUGGUUAUUGCUUCUACCGUGUGUACGGACUACGUCGGAAUGGACAGAUUGGUGUAUUAUUACGGCCGACCAAAGUUUUAUUCUCCCACAAGAGAGAAGGAGAAACUGUUGAACAGUUGCGAACAGUGGUAGCGUAUCAAAACCCUUUCACAGGGGACUACUGCGUCCACAAAAGCAGGGUUGGUCCAAAAGGUUACGAGAAUUCCGUCCAAAUACCAGAUUCUCCAGAUAGCGGAGUUUCUGAUGAGUAUGAACCCUUGAACUUGGAUCCUGGAGCACAGGCCAACAUACCUGGUGAUAUACCGCAUAAGGUGGAGAAACUUGGAGAAUUGAAGAAAAUAGCUAAUGGUGACCUGCCAGUUACGCAUCCUGCCGAUCCUGUAUACGACAACAGCGUGAACAAAAUAUGGAAUUGGAAUUACAAAGAGUAUCAAAUAUAA